AUGGCCGCGCUAAACAGCGCCAUCGCCGCGCGCAUGCACGGCAGCGGCGACAGCCGCAAGCGCAAGGACAAGGCGCCCAACUACCGCAAGGUUCUCUUCAGCAACGACGACAUGGCGAACUUCGAGAACCUCCUCAGCGAGGUGGAGACGGUGGACAAAUUCGUCAAGCUCAAGGCUCGGAAGGACGCGGAGGCGUCGUCGUCGAUCUUCGGCGGCGCCUCGCCGUCCACGCCCGCGACCCCGGGAUCGGGAUCGCGCGCGGACGAAGCGGGCGGAGGAUCGCCGUCCUCCUCCUCCUCUUCCUCCUCCUCCUCCUCCUCGUGUUCGUGGAAGUCGUGGACGAUGCUGUGCGCGAUGCUCCUCGUCGUCGUCGUCGCCGUCGCCGCGAUCGCGCAGACGCAGAUGGGCGGCGCCGGCGCCGCGUUCAUCGUCCAGGAGAAGGGCACGACGCCGAGCCCCGCGUCCGCGAGCACGACGCCGAGCCCCGCGUCCGCGAGCGCGGUGAAGACGGGGGACGACCGCGAGGCGCGCCGCGAGGAGCUGCGAGCGGAGCUGCGCGCGGAGAUGUUGGAGGAGAAGAGAGCGAAGGCGAAGGCGAAGGCGAAGAGAGCCGCCGCCGCCGCCGCCGCCGCCGCCGACGACGACGACGACUCGGACGAGUACGAAGGGGGGUACGAAGGGUACGAAGAGUACGAAGAGGAGAAGGAGAUCGCGAAGAACGCGACGGCGGCGGCGAAGAAGAAGAUGAAGAUGAUGAACAAGUUGAAGAAGCUGAGCGCGGGCGCGCUCGACGACCUCGAGGCGUCGUCCGUCGCCGCGAAGAAGAAGCUCCCCGCGGACGACGAGCCGACCUCCGCCGAGCGCGACGCGGAGGACGACCGAAUGAAAGCCGCGGGGGAGACGGACGAGGAGAGAGCCGCGAGGCACGCGCGCGAGGACGACGAACGACGCGAGAGGCACGAGAGAGAGGACGCGGAGCGAAGGGCGCGGCACGAGGCGGAGGACCUGGCGCGCGCGACGACGGAUGUGGCGGCGCGCGAGGAGUACGAGAAGGGCGUCGAGGCGCGGCGGAGGGAGGAGGAGGAGAUGGGCGGCGGGGGGAAGGAGGAGAGGCGACGACCGGAGACGUCGAGGGACGCGUCGGCGCCGGCGCCGGCGCCGGCGCCGGCGCCGUCGGCGUCGGACGUCGGGAUCUUCGACGAGAGAGAGUGGAACGCCCUCGAGGACGUCGCUGGGAUGUCCGGCGGCGGCGGCGCGAAGAGCAAAAACGACGACGACGCGUCCGCGUCGCGACCGCCGUCGCGAGCGCCGGAGCGGCCGCGUCCGCCGGUCGAGGAACCGCCGCUGACUCCGGAGGAGAGGGACGGCGGUCGCCGCGACGACGACGCGUCCGAGCCGGGAGUCGAACGAGACCGCGAACGGAGCUCCGCCGCGAUCGCGACGCGGACGCGGGAAGAAGACUCCCGCGGCGGAGACGGAGACUACCGGCUCGGAGACGGCGGAGAGGCGGCGUCCGGACCGCCGGAGGGAGCGACGACGAUGAACGCGUUCGAUGAGGUGCGUUCUAUACACUGGUUCCCAUACGACCCCGUCGGCGUGGUGAACGCCGUUCCUUAA